GUCUACCUCACGAUUGCAGGAAACAUGUGGAGGUCAACGCAUGAAUUAUUGAAGGGGGUUUCUUGUUUUGUUUGGAUUUUUUUGCUUGAAGUUCUCUUUGCAGGCAUCACGUGGAGUUGCUGCUUUGAAGAAUGAGCUUCUACAAUCCAGGAGUUUCAUCCGUGGGAUGAAAACUGUUACAUUAAUCCCCGGUGAUGGCAUCGGUCCAGAGAUCUCUGAGGCUGUCAUGAAGAUAUUUCAAGUAGCUGAAGUUCCCGUCGAGUGGGAAGAAAGAAACGUGACAGCUAUACAGGGACCAGGUGGAAAGUGGAUGAUCCCUUCUGAUGCCAAGGAAUCUAUGGAUAAAACAAAACUCGGUCUGAAAGGUCCUUUGAAAACACCAAUAGCUGCAGGUCAUCCCUCCAUGAAUCUGCUUCUGAGAAAGACGUUUGACCUCUAUGCUAAUGUGCGCCCUUGCGUCUCCCUUGAGGGUUAUGACACGCCUUAUACUGAUGUGAACCUGGUUACCAUCAGAGAAAACACUGAGGGAGAAUAUAGUGGGAUUGAACAUGUGAUUGUUGAUGGAGUUGUGCAGAGUAUUAAGCUUAUCACGGAGCAAGCCAGCCAGCGCAUUGCAGAGUAUGCUUUUGAAUAUGCAAAAAACAAUCAGAGGACCAGCGUUACCGCUGUUCACAAGGCUAAUAUCAUGCGAAUGUCAGAUGGACUUUUCCUGCGAAAGUGCAGAGAGGCUGCAGAGAAGCACAAAGAUAUAAAAUUCACAGAGAUGUACUUGGAUACUGUGUGCCUUAAUAUGGUCCAGGAUCCCUCGCAGUUUGAUGUCCUGGUGAUGCCAAAUUUGUAUGGAGACAUCUUGAGUGAUCUCUGUGCUGGAUUAAUCGGAGGUUUGGGAGUGACGCCAAGUGGAAACAUUGGUGCCCAGGGGGUGGCCAUAUUUGAGUCGGUUCAUGGAACUGCUCCAGAUAUUGCAGGAAAAGAUCUUGCGAACCCCACUGCCCUGCUGCUCAGUGCCAUCAUGAUGCUGCGCCACAUGGGCUUACAUAAGCACGCCCAGAAAAUUGAAACUGCUUGCUUUAACACCAUUCAGGACAAAACGGUUCUAACCAAAGACUUGGGAGGAAAGGCCAAGUGCUCAGAGUUCACAAAAGAAAUUUGUCAAAGAGUUCGGGACCUGGAGUAAAAGGAGCUUGUGAGGCUUCUCAUAACGUGUCAGUAUAAAAUCACGUUGCACUGUAUGACUUCAUGUUAAAACUUUCACCCAGAACAUGUAUUUAAAAUUCUGGUGCUUAUGAACUUAAAUGUUUAGAUUGCAGCACCUUACAAAGAAUUGAUUUCACCACCUCAUGAAGAACAUGCUAAAUAAGAUUUUUGAGGAUGACUGUACAUUAAUCUUUAAUGUGUUUAAAACUCACUUUAAAAUAAGCGGGACAGUCAUGAUAAACAGGUCGUAAGUCUUCCAUUAUGGCGCUCAGACAGUAGGCACUUGAUACUAGUGGGAACAAAAGGCUUCCUUAUGCACAAAAUCUCAUCAUUUUGCACAUGGUAUAUUUUUAAACCACUAGGUGUUGUAAUUCCAAAUUGAAUAUGCAGAGCACAGUCCAACAGAAAUGUGAAACUUUAACCUGUUUUUAUUUCUGUCUAGCUUGCUAUUAAAGUCAUCUGACAAAAUUUUUAUAUAUCCAAUCUAAACUUUUCUAAUAUUUAAAUGCAUUUUUUUGUGUGUGUACAAAAAAGGGAAAAUAACUAAAAUGUUCUAAUUUUAGGGUUACAUUCGUUAAGGAAAAUGAGAGUUUGAUUAAAUUCAGAAUAAGCACUGAAAUUACACAAUUUGUAAUAUUUUUAGAAACAUAACACUGGAUGUAAAAGUGGAAUAGUUGUGUAAUAGCUUGUUGUUUGAGUUUCAUUACAAAUAUGGACAAAUUACUCAGACUAAUAAUCUAAAAACAUUUCAUAUUGUCAAUUUUUAUCUUUGUGUCCCUUCCUUUGUUCAGCUCUUUGAGUUAUUUAUGUUCUUGUUUGAAAAAUGCAAUUUAAAUAAAGUUGAAUUGAAUUAAUUACAUGUUUAACUACAACAUUAGGUCUUGAAUGUUCUAGGUCUUAAACGAAUGGUUAAAAAUUACACUUGUUUGAAAAUGUCUUAUGAAAGUAUGAAUACAAAGAUAGGAAGUUCGAGACCAUUUUGACAGACUUGAAGAAAAUGUCUCUUUAGAAUAAAAAAAAAAAACAU